AUGGCUUCAGAUCACUCGUACGGUGGAUACGAACGGAGGCGAUUCGUUGAUGAAAUUCAUCAAAGAUUUGUAUGUUCCAUAUGCCUUAAAGUCUUUAAAGAUCCUGUUCAAUGUCCAAACGAGCAUUAUUUCUGUCAUACUUGUAUUGAAAGAUAUUUAUUAGCUUCUAAAAGAUGUCCUCAAUGCCGGUGUCUUCUCACGAGGGAAACAUUGAGGAUAUCGCGGUUCGUUAGGGAAAUGUUGAACGACUUUGAUAUUCGCUGUGUGAAUGUUAAUCGUGGUUGUCCUGAUGUGAUCAAGCUUCAUAAUCUCAAAUUUCAUGAGGAGAACUGUGGUUAUUCACCUACACUUUGUAGAAAUGAAGGGUGCAACGAAAUCGUCAAAAGAAAAGAGAUUGAAGAACAUGAAAAAAACAGAUGCGAGUUUCGUAUCAUCGAAUGUGGACAAUGUAAAAAGACUAUAGUCUUUAGCUUUAAGCGUUCUCAUCCAUGUUUCAUGCGGCACGAGAUUGACGAGUUGACGAAACGAUUGGAGAUGUUUCAAAUGAGUCAAGAUGACAGGGUAAAGCAUGUUGAAGAACAAGUGAAGUUGAGUCGUAAUGAAAUGAUGUUUCUUACAACAGAAACGUCGGAAAGAUGCAAUUUUCUUACUGGAAAAACAAAGAUUUUUGUUUGUGGAGGUUAUGAUGGCACCACUCAUCUUAAUUCUGUUGAGUCUUUUAACUGGUAUUUGGAUUGCUGGGAAGAAGAAGCAAAAAUGAAGAAAAAACGAUUUGCAGGAGCUGCGUUCGUUCAUGAUCGACAAAUAUUCGUGAGCGGUGGUUGGAAUGGGCGCAAAUGCUUAAGAGAUAUCGAGAGUUUAAAUGUGGAUGAGUCAACAUCAUGGGAAACGACUGAUGUCACGUUGCCAAUACAGUGUUAUGGUCACAGUGUUGUUUAUUGCAAUGAUUAUAUUAUUAUGACUGGUGGAAGUAGAAGUCACAACCCUUUUCUAGCGUCUAAUGCGAUCUACAGUAUUCAACUAAAUCCUCCAUACACGAGAAAUCUAAUGACACACAUGCCAGAGCCGAGAUUUUACCAUAGCUCACUUGUGAUCGACGACAAGGUUUUAGUUUUUGGUGGAGGAACAUCUGAUCAAGGUAAGAAUUCCAAAAACACUGUUCACUCAUACAGUCUCAGUGAUAAGGAAUGUAAAACCUUGGCUCCACUUCCAUAUGCUGUAAGUGCCAUGGGUAUAGUCAGCUAUAAAGGUAAUGCAAUUUUGAUUGGGGGUUUAAAUGAUAAUGAUGAAAGACUAGAUAAAGUUUUGAUGUAUAAUGUGAAAACAGGACAAACUAAAAUGCUUCCUUCACUUAAUCAUAAGAGAUGUGGAUGUUCAGCAGUUAUCCUUGGAAAUAUUAUAGUAGUGGUUGGUGGACAUGAUGGUGAAUCAUUUCUUGAUUCUGUUGAAUGUCUUGAUAUGAGUGCAAACGUUUGGAGAGAACUAUCUUCCAUGUCAAUGAAACGAGAAUAUCCUGUUGCUGUUGUUUCACCGAUUUAUUAAGGUGUCAUUUCUAAAACAGUUUAACAUUUGAACUGCAAAUACUUA